AUGACUGCCGAAGUAUCUCACGGAAGAGGUGGCGCCGGAAACAUGGCCGUUGACGACACCCAGUACGUCGACGGCGAGGUCGUGAGAACAGGCCCCGAGGGGUCUCAGGGAACUGGCGCAUUCAGCGCAGGUCGUGGAGGUGCCGGUAACAUUGGCGACGCCAAGAAGGAGCCCGCUCUGCGCUCCGACAAGGACCUCGUCCCCGAGGAGGCCUACCGUCCCUCCAUGGAGGGCCAGGACUACCACGUCGGCCGGGGCGGCGCGGGCAACGCCGUCGAGACGGAGAAGUCGGCCGCCCACAAGGACAUUGAUCAUGAGAAGAAGGCCGCUGCGCAGGCUCGUGCCGACGGCCACUCGGGCGUCAGCGUCGCCGACAAGCUCAAGGCCAAGAUCCUCGCCCCCUUCCACAAGAAGUAA